UGGGAUGACUCAUAGGGUGGAAUCUUGCUGAGAAAAUUCGCAUAAACAUAUUUUGAAGAAGGACUCAGAGUUCACAUUCUUGCUCCAGCUUUCCUCCCACAUCUGUUUUUGUAUCUGUUCAUCAUGCAGUUUUACAGAGUUCUGACAAUCCUGUUUAUGACUCUGUCCACAGCAUGUGGAAUAAAAUGUUACUCAUGCGGUCCCACCGACCCCAAAUCCUGCACAACUACCUUAUCUUGUUCUGACCCCUUUAACCGUUGUUUCUCCCUUGAUGUGAACGGUGUCACCACAAAGGGCUGCCAGAGUAAUGCUUUUUGUGUAAAACCAAUGGAUUGCUGUGAGGGGGACUUGUGUAACAGUGCCAUACCCACUGGUCCCAGCGUCAUCCUCCUGCUGGUGUCUUCAGCCAUCAUCACACUCUUUCUCUGAGGCUCUAGAACAGUUACAGCUGAGAACAUUUGACUUUUUUCUCUUAUCAAAUUUGUAUAAGUCAAGAAGAAUAAACAAUUUCUCAAAAUGUAAGGGCAGUGAAUGAAUACAGAUCAAUAUUUGUUCAAUAAACUACAAUAUGAUCGACCACUGAAA